UAGCUUUACAUAGAGAAAUGAACAUGGCAAACGUUUUAAAAAAUGUUAGCAGACAGCAUAAGUUUUUAGUUGAAUUUACUCUUAAUUCUUCCAGUAUGACAUCAUUUUUGAAUUUCGGAAUCAAACGAGAGUCAUGCAGGCAUUUUUCAAAAUUAAUUCGGCGUGUAUGUCACAUGAAAACUCGGAGAAGUUUGUGCCUUGCAAAAGUAUCAUCAAGGAUUGAGUCAGUAGGGAGAUGUUUAAGCACCAGCACAGACACAGAUCCAAGUAAGCGGACAGUAGACCCAUACAGUCUUGUUGAAACUGAGAUUAACAAUAUAACACAAGAUAUUAAAAAGGAAUUACUGACUGUAAAUCCAGAAUUACUGUCUGUGGCUGAGUAUUAUUUUGAUGGACAAGGAAAAUUGUUUCGUCCUAUGUUGAUAAUGCUGGUGGCGAAAGCACUCAACUUCCAUGUGUGCAAUGAUGACAGUUUGUCAGAAAGUCAGUUAAAGAUUGCUAUGAUAGCCGAGAUGAUACACACUGCUAGUCUGAUGCAUGAUGAUGUCAUAGACGCUGCUGAUACAAGACGUAAUAAACCAAGCAUAAACCAGGUCUGGGGUCAGAGAAAGUCUAUAAUAGCAGGAGAUUAUGUAAUGGCAAAGGCAUCAAUAGCACUAGCUAAAAUUAGAGAUGAGCAGGUGGUGUCUGUUGUAUCACAAAUAACAGAGGAUUUGGUGAGAGGGGAGUUUAUGCAGUUAGGUUCUAAAGAGAAUGAUGAGGAGAGAUUCAACCAUUAUAUCAACAAGUCUUUCAAGAAAACUGCCAGUUUACUGGCCAACAGCUGCAAGGCAGUGGCUGUUCUAGGAAAUUGUGAUGAAGAAUUGGCAGAAGCUGCAUACAAUUAUGGCAAAAAUAUAGGCAUUAGUUUUCAAUUAAUAGAUGACCUUCUAGAUUUUACCUCAUGUGAUCAUGUGAUGGGAAAACCAACUGCUGCAGACCUCAAACUGGGCCUCGCUACUGCACCAGUACUUUAUGCUGCGAGGAAAUACCCGCAGCUCAAUGCCCUCAUCAUGAGGAGAUUUACUCAUAAAGGAGAUAUUGAACUUGCUAGGGAACUUGUUGAGAAGGUAAAUUUUAACUUAAAUCCUACCUUAGUUUGUGUAAUGGACUUUUCCUGCUUUUAAAUAUGGAGUAGUCUAUUAGUAGUU